AUCGAUUCAGAUUUAUUUGUUUUUGCCUUAUGAAUUGAAUGUAUUUUUAUGGAACUAUGAAUCAGACUUUGGACUUUAUUCCGAAAUAGGUUCUCGUACAUGGAUAACAGUAUUUUCUAAGAUAUCGGUUAGUCUGUCUGUGAAAUUUGAAACGAAAGCAUCUUUAAUUUCAUAAGAAAAAUGACUUCUGCUGUUAAAGGAGUUUUCAUUGUUGGUGCUAAAAGAACUGCUUUUGGAACGUUUGGAGGAAAAUUGGCUAAUGUCCCAAUCAGUGAUCUACAAGCUACUGCUGCCAAAGCAGCUCUCGCAUCUGCUGGUGUUAAACCAGAACUUGUAGAUACCGUUAUUGUUGGUAAUGUUCUUCAAAAUACAAAUGCUGAUGGUGCCUUUGUUUCUCGUCAUGCAGCUUUAAAAAGUGGAAUCCCUAUUGAUAAACCAGCCCUUACAGUUAAUAGGCUAUGUGGAUCUGGAUUCCAGGCAAUUGUAAACAGUUGUCAAGAUAUAGCAACUGGAGUAGCUCAGAUUUCUUUAGCUGGGGGUGUGGAUAACAUGUCUUCUGUGCCUUUCUCUGCUCGUAAUGUUAGAUUUGGUGUUCCCUUGGGCCAAAAUAUUGUAUUGGAGGAUUCACUUUGGUUAGGCCUCACUGAUUCUUACUGUAAAUUACCUAUGGCACUUACUGCUGAAAAGCUAGGUGCCCAGAAACAAGUAUCAAGAGAUGAAGUUGAUGAGUAUUCUCUAAGAUCUCAACAUUUAUGGAAAGCUGCACAAGACAAUGGUGUCUUCAAAGAAGAAAUCGCGCCACACCAAGUAAAAGUAAAAAAGGAACUCGUGAACUUUGAAAUAGACGAACAUCCAAGACCUCAAACUACUCUCGAUGGACUAAAAAAACUUAAACCUUUAUUCAAAGAAAAUGGUCUUGUUACAGCUGGCUCUGCUUCGGGAAUUUGUGAUGGAGCCGGUGCACUUGUCCUUGCUAGUGAAGAAGCUGCCAACAAAAAUAAUCUUAAACCUCUAGCUAGAGUGUUGGCGUACUCUUCUGUAGGUGUGGAUCCAACUAUUAUGGGUAUUGGGCCAGUACCUGCCAUUAAUGCUGCUCUCAAAGCUGCUGGUAAAACUUUGAACGACAUGGAUUUAAUUGAGAUAAAUGAAGCUUUUGCUGCUCAAGUUUUGGCUUGCGCCAAAGAUCUCAAACUAGACUUGAACAAGUUGAACACCAAUGGUGGUGCUAUUGCUCUUGGACAUCCUCUUGCAGCAUCAGGUUCCAGAAUUACCACACAUUUAGUGCAUGAACUGAGGAGGAAGAAGGCAAAGUAUGGAGUUGGUGCUGCCUGCAUAGGGGGAGGGCAAGGCAUUGCUAUCGUGGUUGAGGCGUUGUAAACUAUCAGAUGUUAAUUUUUGAGUAUUUACAAAGUUAUUACGUAUUUUAUAUAUCAUUAAUUUUGUACAAUAUGUACCAACAACAUAUUUUUAUAGUUUUAUUGUCAAUUUAAAAAGAGUGCAAUUAUUCUUAUUGAAUUAUUCUAUUUACAAUGAUCAAAAAUAUUUUCAAAUAAAAUAUUCACAAGU